AUGGAUCAGAUUUUUCAAGGGAGAUACAAUACUAGUCCACAUUGGCUAUCAUGUGUGAAUCCACAAACAAGGAUUAGUGGGAGUAAUGGCUGCAAUGAUGAUACAAGUGCAGCCAUCAACACAGGAACUUCUCUUGAUAGCAGGAAUGGAGAUGGUUUCCAAAACGGUAAUGGCAAAGGUCUGGACCUUAGCUGUUCUCGACGUGAGGCUGCAUUGAUCAGAUUCCACCUGAAACGCAAGGAUAGAUGUUUUGGGAAAAAGGUUAGGUAUUAUGGAAGAAAAGAGCUGGCAGAGCAUCGCCCACGCAUGAAGGGGAGAUUUGUGCGUCAAGCAGUAGCCGAGAUUUCAGAAUCAAAUGAUCGAGUAAAGCCAUUUACCCAAUUUGAAAUAUUGUGAGAGAUUGAUAUCCAAGCCAGAAAGUUAAAAGGCAUGGUAUGAGGCCUUAAAACUUGUCUACCUCAACAUAAUAUUUUGUAGGCCUUACAAUGCAGGAGUUGCUAGCAUUGGGGGAAGGGGGGAGAUAAAAUCCCAAUAAUUGUUGUAUUAUAUCCAU